UCCACACAAAAUCAGUGUUGUGUGAACCUUCGUUGUGCAACGUUACGUAUUAUUUUAUGCAUUGUAUUAGGAAUUAGUGACAACUUUGUGUUUAGGAGAGAACUUUUUUUUUAGAAAUUUUGUGCAGUCCGUUCCUUCCAUUUUCAUUAUCAAUUUGAUUUGUUCCGAAUAUUGGGUAAAAAAUGGCUGGCAGAACGAUUACACGAAAAUCGCUGGGUCGAUCUGCAGCAAUAGGCGAUCUGUACGAUGCAGCAACAGAUUCAUUCUGUGGAAAGUCCAUAUUUGGAGAGUCUUUCAAUCGCGAGUUGGAGAUCAAAACAGCUGAACAUCACGUUAUGCUUACGCAGUCCAUUUACAACGACAAAAGUGUAUUCAACAAUUUGAUGAAAUAUGACGUGGAGCCUGAGCUGGCGGUGAGCGUCUUAUGUGGAUUAGUUCCAUUCCACUUAUUGAAGGAAAGCGUCAGCAGAACCAGUCUAGCUGCUUCACUAUUAUUUACAUACAAAACAAAGACGGACCGUUUUGAUAUAGAGCAAUCACACAUUAAACAAUUGAUAAAUACGGAAAAUCUAGCCGGAACAAAAGCAACGCAUGUAGUUGUGGGGAUCGAUUGGGGUUCAUGUAAUAUUUUGUCUAUAAUUGGUUCAGAGGACGAUGGCCAUAAUGCUGACGAGUUAGAGGAAUAUCUCCAGAGCAUUUCCCGUCAAAUUUCAACUGAUGCUGUCGAUUCUACAAUCGAAUCCAAGUACACCAUUAACUUGGACUCCGAUAUCAUCGACGCAGACGGUGUGGCUCCAGACUCUAUUGACGACAUUGUCUCGUUCGUCAAGAAUAUUCCUGAGCGCAUCCAAAGCGAUUUUAAUGGACAUGGAAAAUGUCUGAGUUUUGUUCUGUUUCCGUUGUCAUCCCUUGCUGAUGCUUGCAAUUUUAAUUUUACUGGUUAUACUCUGCAGCCAAUUGAAUCGAAAGUCACUUGUGUUUUGGGGGAUGUUGUGACUAAAAUAUGUGAUGCCAGCACUAAGCUCCAAUUUAUCGAAAUAUUGACGGAUCGACAUGAGACUUACGUUCCGAAUGAAAUCAAAAAAAUCAUCAAAAGGAAGAAGGCCAUUAUCGACCAGACGAUGAAAAAUAUCACAGAUUGCUUGGUGAAAGUUCGAAAGGGACUUGCCACCACAUUCGAAUUGGAAUUGAUUGAAGAAACGUUUCAAGAAUCGUCGACCGUUUUAGAUCAGUUCUUCAGAGAAACACAGCCCAUUGUUGAACGCAUUCAAUUCAUUAAUUAUGCGACCAAUCAGGGUGCAUUGUACAUCGGAACGAAUUCAGGCUUCGAAGAGGCACGCCGGAAAAUAAAGCCCAAAGACGAGUUUUAUGUCCUGUUUUACGUUUACGAUCUGGCCGACGAAAUUACCUCGGAAAAUAUGGGUCUGUUCAAUGCAUUGUUGAAAGGAAACGUCGCAUGCUUCAUAGCCGAUUUGGAUAUGCAACGAGACCUAGCUGAGAAGGAGGGUGUUCCCGAGGGCAUAAGGAUUUGUCAUUUUCUGCAGAAUGGUUACAAGGACUUCGACGUGUACAAAACGUACAAAGGCAAUCGAGAGUUCAAUUUGAUUAGAUCUCUUGGCGAGAUGCAACCAGUAAUAAAUAAGCCGAGGAAACGCGCUCUAAUCUACCUCGUAUGUCCAGGCUCGUUGAACGGCGGUGAAUGCAGCAACGAGAAGCAACAAUGGAUGUGCGAAAAAUGUAAAAUCGCUGUGGAGUAUGGUUUCGAUGAAAUGUUCUACUGUGACUGUGGUAAAGAGUUCAUGGAAACAUUUGAGUUCCGGUGCAGGGAUGUGAAUCAUGGAAACGAUUUCAUUGUGUUCGACACGGACAUUCUGAAGACAAAAUUGAAUGAAAUCGAAUUAGUACCGGAAGUGAACAUCCUCGUUUUAGGCGAGACUGGUGUCGGUAAAUCCACAUGGAUUAAUGCCAUUGCCAACUAUUUAACGUUUCCGACUUUACAAGAAGCAACCGACGUAAAUGAAAUGCUCUGCCUCGUUCCAACAAAAUUUGUGCUUCUGGAUGAGAACUGUAAGGAACGAGUGGUUUCAAUUGGUUCGUCUAAAAAUGAGGAAACUCGAGCCGGCCAAGCCUGCACACAGCGUCCCACGUCGCAUCUUGUUACCAUUGGCAACGAACGAAUUCGAAUUAUUGAUACACCCGGAAUAGGAGACCCGAGAGGAGUGGAGCAAGACAAGGAGAACGUCGACAACAUUUUGCGAUUCGUUAGUGGUUUGGAGGAAAUACACGGAAUUUGCCUGCUGUUGAAGCCGAACAACGCACGGCUGACAACAUUCUUCACAUUUUGUGUCAAGGAAAUUUUGGCCCAUCUGCACAAGAGUUCAGUUCACAAUCUCCUGUUCUGUUUCACAAACACACGAUCGACAUUUUACAAGCCUGGUGACACUUAUCCCGCGUUGAAGGAACUGUUGGCCGAAAUCAACGACAAUCUGCGAAAGAAGUCGAGAGGAAAGGCCAGCGAAAUAGUUUUGUCCGGUGAGACAAUGUUUUGUUUGGAUAACGAAGCUUUUCGAUUCCUCUGCGCCCGGAGAAACAACAUCGAAUUCAGGCCAGAAGAUUUCCAGAAUUUUUCGUUGAGCUGGGACAAAUCUGCCGUCGAAACGCAGCGCAUGCUCAACUUCGUAAAGUGCCGAAAACCACACAAAAUCAACGACACGAUGUCGAUAAACGAGGCUCGCAAUACAAUUUUAACAUUGGCACGACCGAUGGCGAAAAUUUCGGAUAACAUUGCUGCGAACAUCAGAGUCGCAGAAAGGCAGAAGAAAUUCACCGAGAACUUAGACGACGAGAACUUGAAGCUGGAGAAGAAUCGUCUCGUUCAACAAAUUCAGAUAAAAACCGUCCCGAUAAAUUACCCGAAAACGGUGUGCACCAGUUCCCAGUGCGUUGAAGUGAGAUUAAUUCACGGUACCAGUCAGAACAUGAUCGUUUACAAAACAGUCUGCCACGAUCAUUGUCAUCUGGACGGUGUUAACGUUGAGACUGUUGGAGCACCGGAACUGCGAAGAUGUGAUGCUAUGGCAGGCACCAUAAACUGUGUCAAUUGCGGUUGUGAAUGGCAAAGUCACAUGCAUAUCACAUACAAUUUUGAAGAAAGCAUGGUGACUGUACCAAAUGUAUCGGUUGAAAGAAUGAUUAUGGAAAAUGCAGCAGCCAAGCACGUUAAGGAGCGAAUGAUUUUAACUCUUCAAGGGACCAUUGAACAGUACAGAAAAGAACAGAAUGAAAUCUUGGAAAUUGGUUCACAGUUCGGUUCAUUGUUACAACAGCAUGCUAUCAUUCCCUAUAACGAUGCCUUCGAGUCACAUGUUCGGCAGGAAUUACGUCUAGCGUCUGCCGAAGCUUCCAUAUCACCGGAUUUAGCGAAAAAGAAGGAUGACUUGGAGCGUAUCUUGAAGGAUUAUUUGGAAAAGAAACACUUGCUCGAUGAUGCAAUGGUCGACAAUGUGAAUGCCGAUAUUACUGUCGACGACGUCGACACACUGAAGCACAAAUUGAUGAAUUUGAAAUUAACGGGGGAGUCUUUUAAAAAAUGUUUUGAAGCUGCGGCUAUUGCACAGUUCCAUUCGUUUGAUUAUGUCGAAAAGCCGGUGAACAUCAACAAACGGAACCGAAGUCAUUUCAAGAAACCGUACUUUGUUGAAAGGGUCGCAAACUUUUUCGGAUUCUUUAAAUAGCAUUGAUCGUCAUUUUGUUUCUCUAUUUUUUGUCAUUGAAUUUGUACCAUCCAUCCCGUGUACAUUGUGAAUAUAGCUUGUAAUAUGCUGAGAGUCUAAGACUGUGUCUGGAAUUUGUAAUUAUACUCAAGGUCAAAGUUUUAAUAAAGAAUUGUAUUGAGCACUAC